CGAGAAACUUCCCUUAAAAAGGAGGACUGAAUUGCAGAGAGGAGCUGCAGACGGUCAGGAAUACCGCUCACUGACCACUGCAUCACCUUGACCAAGUGAUAUCCGAAGUCUCUCUUUUUGCAACUGUCUUCAAAUUACCCUCUCCGCCAUGAGAGCCCCUCGCUCCCUCGCCUGCUGUCUGAGUGCCCUCAUGUGUCUGUGGCCCCUCUGCCAGGCUCAGUAUGAGCAGUGGGCCUACGCCAUGGGCUACCCCGAGCCAGCUGAGGAGCUCUACACGGCCCCCGAGCUGCCCCCGGACACGCCCAGGAUCCAGCUGCGUCUGGUGGGGGAGAAGCGCAAGCACAACGAGGGCCGCGUGGAGGUGUUCUACGAGGGGGAGUGGGGCACGGUGUGCGACGACGACUUCUCCAUACACGCCGCCCAGGUGGUGUGCAGGGAGCUGGGCUACCUGGAAGCCGUCUCCUGGUUCCCGGGCUCCAAGUAUGGCCGAGGAGAAGGUCGCAUCUGGUUUGACAACGUCCACUGCACUGGGAAGGAGAAGACCCUGGCCCUGUGCUCCUCCAAUGGCAUCGGCGUCUCGGACUGCAAGCACUCGGAGGACGUGGGGGUGGUGUGCAGCGACAAGAGGAUCCCCGGCUUCAAGUUCGUCAACACCCUCACCAACAGCGUGGAGAACAUGAACAUCCAGGUGGAGGACGUGCGAAUCCGAGCCAUCCUGGGGACCUAUCGCAAGCGCAUCCCCGUGACCGAGGGGUAUGUGGAGGUGAAGGAUGGGGGCAAGUGGAAACAGAUCUGUGACGAGCAGUGGACGGAGAUGGACAGCCGGGUCGUGUGCGGCAUGUUCGGCUUCCCCGGGGAGAGGAAGUACAACGCCAGGGUCUACAAGAUGUUUGCCCGCCGGAGGAAGCACAACUACUGGGACUACGCUGUGAACUGCACGGGGACCGAGACCCACGUGUCGAGCUGCAGGCUGGGGCAGGCCCUGCUGGAGAAGGGCAAUGGCAGCUGCGAGCAGGGCAUGCCGGCGGUGGUGAGCUGCGUCCCAGGGAGAGCCUUCGCUCCGACUCCCAUGGCAGGGUUCAGGAAGGCCUUCAGGCACGAGCAACCGCUGGUGCGCCUGAAGGGAGGGGCGAUCGUGGGCGAGGGGCGGGUGGAGGUGCUGAAGAACGGGGAGUGGGGCACCAUCUGUGACGACAAGUGGAGCCUCCUGGCAGCCAACGUAGUGUGCAGAGAGCUGGGCUUCGGCACCGCAAAGGAAGCCCUGUCUGGGGGCCAGCUGGGACAAGGAAUGGGCUCAGUGCACAUGAAUGAGGUGAGCUGCUCUGGGUUUGAGAAGUCCAUCACGGAGUGCUCCUUCAACGCCGAGUCGCUGGGCUGCAGCCACGAGGAGGACGCGGCCGUGAGGUGUAAUGUCCCGGCCAUGGGCUUCCAGCAGAGGCUGCGUCUCAGUGGCGGGCGGACCCCCUUCGAGGGCCGGGUGGAGGUGCUUGCGGAGAGGAACGGCACCCAGGUGUGGGGCACGGUGUGCAGCUCCGGGUGGGGCACCAUGGAGGCCAUGGUGGUGUGCAGGCAGCUGGGCCUGGGGUUCGCCAGCCACGCCUUCCAGGAGACGUGGUACUGGCAGGGGGCGGUGAGCGCCGACGCCGUGGUGAUGAGUGGGGUGAGGUGCUCGGGCACGGAGAUGUCCCUGCAGCACUGCCUGCAUCACGGACAACACCUCGACUGCCCCAAGGGAGGGGCUCGCUUCGCGGCGGGGGUGUCCUGCUCUGAGACGGCCCCAGACCUGGUGCUGAACCCCCAGGUGGUGGAGUCCACCACGUACCUGGAGGACCGGCCCAUGCUGAUGCUGCAGUGCGCGUACGAGGAGAACUGCCUGUCCUCCAGCGCCAGCCAGGUUCCCGCCAACUCCUACCGUCGCCUCCUCCGCUUCUCCUCCCAGAUCCACAACAACGGCCAGUCCGACUUCCGGCCCAAAGCCGACCGCCACACCUGGGUCUGGCACGACUGCCACAGGCACUACCACAGCAUGGAGGUGUUCACGUCCUACGACCUGCUCAGUCUCAACGGCACCCGGGUGGCAGAGGGACACAAGGCCAGCUUCUGCCUGGAGGACACCGAGUGUGACGAGGGCAUUGAGAAGAAAUACGAGUGUGCCAACUUUGGCGAGCAGGGAAUCACCUUGGGCUGCUGGGAUACGUACCGCCAUGACAUCGACUGCCAGUGGGUGGACAUCUCAGAAGUCAAGCCUGGGGACUACAUCUUCCAGAUCAUAAUUAACCCAAAUUACGAAGUGGCGGAGACGGAUUUCACCAACAACGUUGUGAAGUGCAGGUGUCGAUACGAUGGUCACAGAGUGUGGAUGUACAACUGCCAUAUAGGUGGCUCAAUCAGUGCUGAGACGGAGGAAACGUUCCCUGGGCUCCUGAACAACCAGGUGACACACAGGUAAAAGGACAAAGUCACAGAGCGGGAGAGAGGACAGGAACUUGACUUACAUCUCAGCCAACAUCCAACAAGACUGCCAGAACCCCCACACCCCCUAUCCAAGCCCCAACCACUAAACCUCUCUGUUCCUGUGCUGGGUGAAUGAUUUUCUCAUGAUCAAGUCCACGGUGCUCAUUCUGUGAGCAUCUGAAGCCAGUCAAACCCCUUCAUCACGCCAUUUCGGAACGAACAUCAGAAGCAAGCUCUCUCUAUGUAGGAUUCAAAUCCCAAUCAGAAAUUCAGACAGAGACGGCCUUUCACAAGGAGAGUCUGGUGGGUCCUUUCGCCCUUGAGGUUGAAACCUUGUGUAAAUUAGCGGAGCAAAUCUUUCUGUUUAACAUUCAAGAUCUUAGCAUGGACCUUCUCUGAAGUUAUCCCACUUUACAUGUUAAAAGGAAUUCUAAUGCACUUUGAGCUUAUGGUACACACAAUCAACAAGCUGAUUUCUGUGACCAGGGGAAACACUCUUAUGUAGGAUAUGUACAGAAACCAAGUUAAUUUGUAUUAGAUGUACAGAUCCUUAUUUAAGCUGGCUCAUAUGUUACAUAGAGGUACUUCUGCCAAAGCUUUGUGCCAUACAGGCAGCAUCAACAAGGUUAGGAGUUUUUGAAGUCAAAUGCAAUCAUGGGAAUUUGAGGGGAAGUAGUUGGAUAUGAUAUUCCCCCAAGGCUCUGAAGUGGUCUGAAAUAUUUGGAAAGGUGUAGACAGGUUUGUAGAAAGAUGUUUGUAGACGGCUAAAUUGCUAGCAUCCAGUAUGGCAUGUGCCAGUGUCACUGCUACAUGGCUAGCUAAAUAAGUGAAAUCUCCUUGUGUUUAUUAAUUUCAAAUACCACAGCUAUGUAGAUAAUAUAUUCAUAAAUAUUCAAGGUAAGUUAUACAUUCAGAGAAGUUAUGUUUUUAAAGGCCGUAUUGGCAGCAGUUAUUUUGUUGUGAGCCAGGAUUAGCUUCAGUGGCUGUCAGUGAAGAACUGGAACACGCAUUCCCACUCAUCCGUGAAGAGCAGAAAUGAGUAAGAUGUGGGGUAGCACAUUGUUACUGCCUUUGCGAGAUGGAUAAGCCUACAUCACACUUCAAGCACCUAUUGUAGAAGUGAAGCGAUACGUGCUCCAUUCCAAAGAGCCUACAUUAGUGCUAAUAAAAACAUUUCCUCAGAUUUAAAGCCAUAUUAAAACAUCUUUCAGGACUGAAGGACGUGUGGGAUGCGUGUCUCGGAUGUGUUCUGGAUAGCUGGAUUUGUAGUUUACAUGGGGUAUAAGACCAGAGUCCAUUCCACAAUCAGCAGUACUGUACGGACAACAUUAACUCAUCAACAGCAUUUGUACAUGUGUACCACUUCACCAAGGAGAAACCUGGCUCAGAACAUUCAGGUGUUUAUUUUUGGUAAUCACUUGGGCAUGUGAAGCUGAUGAUUAAUUGUGGAUAUAGAUAAUACCAUUUCUAUAAAGGGCUGAACAACGAGAAUACAGUGUUAUGAACCAGCCACAGUAUACAAAUCACGUCAGUAUGUGAGCACAGCCACAAAGCAGAGGAAAAACACUAGACAUUUAUAUUAAAAAAUAAAAAUAAAAAAGGCUUCAACAUAAUUGAAAUCCUGUGCAUUACAGAGAAAUUACAGAUCUUGUCUUUAAAUCCAAAUGUGCAAUUUUGGUUUUGCUUGCAUCAUUGUGUUUGUUUCCUAUUGUUUUGAUGAACCUUCAUGUCAUUUUUUUCCAGCAAGCUUUUAAGUAAAUUAUUGUGGCAAAUGUCAGGGAUUUCAAUGGGAGUGAGUUAUUUUCAGUUUGUUUAGAAUAACCAGUCUCAGCUUGAGUGAGAAUGUCUCUUCUUUAUUAUUUUCUUUUUCCAUUUUUAAUGGUGCUACCAAACUGUGAUCCUCUGUUUUAUGAGGGUACACACUUCCAGCUAAAUGGUUAUGUAUACUUGAAUGGAAAAUAAAAAUACAUAUUGUGCUUGUUGUCUGCCAUAAUAAAAGGAUGAAUUACCGAGUGAA